AUGCGGAAACGAUGUUCGCCUGGCUUCGGCGACCGAUGUGACGUAAUCGCGGAGAAAACGAACAACCGCGGACGUCGCGCAGAGGCUUCGCUCGCCUUGUCGCGCACAUGGAAGCUGGGCGAACUCCGCGGACGACGUCACGCCGCGACAACACCUGUGAUUGCAAAUGAUAUAAAGUCCAGUGUGUUGAAACAAACUGAAUCAGACCGCUCUUUCUUUCAGACCAUCAUGGCUCUCCAUUCAGACUACGACACUGACGACCAGUACCACGAUCAUUACAACAACUCGAACCAAAGCUACUACGACGAGGACUACGGAGACUUCCACACGGUUUGCGACAAAGCAGAAGUCCGUUCUUUUGCUGGUCUCUUCCUCCCGGUGGUCUACACCCUGGCGCUCAUAGUGGGCCUGGCUGGGAACUCCAUGGUUGUGGUUGUUUACCUAUCUCAGAAACGUCUGCGGACCCUGACAGACGUCUAUAUCCUGAACCUGGCCUUCGCAGACCUCCUGCUUCUCUUCACGCUGCCUUUCUGGGCAGCCGAUGCCGUAAACGGAUGGGAGAUUGGUGUCGCUGCUUGCAAGAUCACUUCCGCCCUGUACACCACCAACUUUAGCUGUAGUAUGCUCCUGCUUGCGUGUAUUAGCGUGGAUCGCUACAGGGCACUCGCCCAGGGUUCCACCGGUUCCACUAGGCUAGCUGUAAACAACACGCGCAAGCAAAGACUGCUGCUAUGCCUAGCGGUCUGGACUGCCGCUUUUGUUUUCGGGUUGCCUGAUGUUUUGCUCUCUACGGUCAAGCAUCACUCGGACGGGCGCAAAUCCUGCAGGGCGGUUUAUCCCCCUAGCAUGGCCCGGGCAGCCAAAGCUACCGUGGAAAUCCUAGAGGUGUCACUAAGCUUUUUGCUACCGUUCCUGGUCAUGAUGUUUUGCUACUGCCGGGUGGGAAAAGCGCUCAGCCAGGCGGCGACGACCGGAGUGAGAGGAGGAAAGAGAUGGAAGGCGUUCCGUGUGCUGAUAGCCGUCGUUGGGAUGUUCCUCCUGACGCAGCUCCCGUAUAACAUGGUAAAAUUCAUACGCGCCCUGGAUGUCAUCUACGCUCUGGUUAUAGACUGUGAGGUCAGCAAGGGGCUGGACAGAGCGAUUCAAAUCACGGAGAGUCUGGCCCUGACACACUGCUGUCUCAACCCAGUGCUGUACGUGUUUAUUGGAUCGUCGUUCAAAGCACACAUGCUGAAAGUUGCUAAGCGAUGCGGGCAGACCGGGAGGCGGUAUCGCCGAGACAGCAAGCAGCCGGCAGUGGCGAUUGCACUCCAAUCCAGAACACAAGCGAACGGUAACGCUAACUCUGAGUCUGAGGAGGAAGAUACUAGUACUUUCACCAUCUAAUGAACUUGCUGACCAGGGACUAAAUCCAGUGCCUUUAUUUUACCUACAAUAUAUAACUCUCUGAACUUUCAACUUAA